AUGGCAAAAAUAAGCAGCACUGGAAGUGCACAUGCUAAUCAUCUCAUAUAUAAUCACCAAAGUAACAAUCAUUAUGGCAUUGGAGGGAAUGCUCAAUCACCCAUAAACAUUUACAAUAAUGGUGGGAAUCCAAUUCAAAUCAGUAACGGGGGCACUGAGAAUAUGAUACAUUCGUCGAGCCGAGAUUCUUCACAGAAUCAGUAAUCCUCACAAAACAUGACUGAAAAAACUCAUGUUCAAAAUUACUACGAUAGUUUGUUGGCACUAUUUGCAGAUAACUUUUGUAAAUGCCAGGAUUAAAACUGCAAGUAGGAGCUUACUAAUUAGCUCUAGUAAUAUAUGAAGUUAGACUUCUCCAAAAAGAUAGUGAAUGACUUUAUUAAUAUCAUAUCUGGUACCUCAAAGUCAGGCAAGCUGGUCAAUAUAAUGGCGUUUUUGUUCAGAUCUCUGUCAAUUCACAAUAUAAGUAAAGAUCUGAUGGAUGAUCUAAUUGGCUUAUUUAUGAUGCUUUACUUGAAAAGCAAUUAAACUCUCAAAUUAGCCUUAUUGACUGACUUAGAAAAUGCUUUUAUCCUAGUUAAGUAGAAAGAAACCGCGAUUUUUGUAGACAAGAAAUUUGUAUAUAAGAUACUUUUCUAUAAUCUUUUUCAAUUCAAGAAAUGCUAAAAUUCUUAUGAAAAAUCAGGUACCUAGCCUGGAGAUAAAUAGCCUCAGCAGUGUGAAAACUUGCAGAUUGACAAUGUUAAAAAGAGAAUCUCCCAAUAAAACAAGGAGAAAAAGAAUAAGGGAAACGUAGAAUACUAAUAAAUAAUAUCAGCUUAAGAAUGCUCAGUGCAUGGAGGAGUUGAAAUUGAAACUAUUAUGAUUGAUUUAUCUUAGUCACCUAGAAAAUUCAUUUCAUACAUUUGCAUGCUAGCUUAAUUAUACUUUAAGAUUCUCAAGAUAGAAGAGAUAGAGGAUAAGUUUAAAGAGUAAAGAACUAAAAUGAUAUGUAAUAUGCUAUUUUCUAUGAUUGAACAUUGUGAUGUAAAGUAUUAUUACUAUCCUAUCCGUGCACUUGCAGAAUUUUUCCUUCAAGGGGAAUCAGAGAAGUCCCUAAGUAAAAGAUUGAAUUCAGAGAGUUUACUAAAGUACAAGUAAUAUAAACAACUUUUAGGCAGAGACUUGAUACUAUUUGAAUUUAAAAAAAUGAAUAGAGGCAGUAGUAUGAGUAGUAGUAACUAGGUGUAGGGAUAUGGUUAUCUAUAUUCAGAUACCUUGAGCGAAAUCAGAAAAGUGUUAUCCAGACUAGAACAUACAUAAAAUUUAGAUUGUUAUGAAUUUGAAUAAUAAAUUGCUACUCUUUAGCCAGAAGAACUCCAUGAGAUAGAAAUUUAAGAAGGCUAUAGUGAUGGGGAAUAAAAGGGAUAUAAAUAAACUCAUUACUACAAAGAUUUUUAACUUGGCAGAUUUGUAGCUUAUAGCAGUAAAGAUAAGCAUGGAAUCCAAGCAAUUUAAUAAUACCCGAAACUAGCUCUUCUUGCUUAUGAUGUGCUGUCACCUUACAUAGAAAUAUUUAAUAACCAUAUAAUCUCGUUUACAUAGCUAUGCAUCGAUAACAACAUCAUAAUUAGUGAAUUUAGUGAAUCAAUUUAAACCUUAGCAGAUUAAUUGCAUAAAAAGAUUAAACUUUGUAGUGGGGGCUCUGUAGGGAGAGAAAUAGUGUUAAAUUUUUUCCUAAGAGACUACCAGAGGAACAUUUCAAAAAAAGUUUCAAUGAAUGGAUAAAGUUUAAAUGAAGUUGUUCCAGGAACUUAAUUGAAAAUCGAGGAGUAUAUUAAGCAUCUAAGGAAACUUAGAGCGCAUUUAAACAAGGAAGAAAUAGUUUUUAUUAUUGACUUCCUAUUACAAGUUUGCAAGCACUCCUAGAUAUUUGAUGAUAUUGCCAUAAGUAUGGGUACUCAUUUGUUCUCUGAUAUGUAUCAAAAGACAAAUCAAAGAAUGGAUACAAUUAUAAAAUAAAAUCAAGGCUAAUCAGACCUACUCUACGUAAAUUUUGAGAUCAGAUUCUAAAUACUAAUGAAAAGUUUUUAGCAAAUGAAAAUUCAAUAGCUCAAUGGGUAAAAAGUAUCGUUAGAUAUAUAACUAGAUUAAGUAAAGCAAAUUCUUGAGAAUCUUAUGUAUGUCGAUAAAAUUGAAAUAAUAAGCAAUAGCUGGCCAUUGUAUUUUGUCUCAGCUAUGUUCUUAAAUGUAGACCAAAUGAAUUUUGAGCACGAUGGCUAAGGAAUUCACUUUUAUGGAGUCAUCAAGAACCUCUUCGACAUUAUUUGCAAAUAUUUACAGAAUUUAAAAGAUUAGUCUAAUUAAAUCUAGCAGCCUAUGCUUCAUUAUUUUAGAUUGAGAAACCUGAUCAAUACUUAUACUUUAAUCCUAAGGUACUCGCUCUGUUUCCCAACUCCUGAUGAUGAAAAAACAACCUCUUCUUAGUACAAUCAUACGCAAUCCCCUAAAAGUCAUAACUAUACUACCUCUCAGCACACAUCUCAGGGCACUCAUUAAUCCACUACACAUGGACUUGCUUCGCAAAUGACUCAAAUGAAUUUAGAAAAUGACUAAUUUGAAAAAUGCUUUAUCAUAAAGAGAUAAAAGAGAUGCAACUUCUGUGGUGAAUAACUGCCCUUACCCAAAAAAUUUACAUUUGAUAGAAAAUGUAAGAAAUGUACAGUUAAAAAUUCGACCUUUAUAUUCCCAGCUAGAUUUAUGUGCAACAUGUGCCAUGAAUCAAGUGAACUUGAUCUGUAUAAAAGUACGUAAGACUAGAUACCCCUUGAAAAUUUAAAAGGAGCAAAAAUUUUGUCAAGCAAAUGCUUUAUGGAUCUGAUUUAAGAUAUAAUAUCAAAAGGCUUCGGCUUGGCAAUUCAGGACUUAAGAGACCCUUAAAAUGAAAAAUUUUACUUUAAAAUGGACAUUCCUUGCUUAAAAAAGGUGCAAUAAAGAGAUAACUUGUAUUCUUGGAUGAUGAUCCAUCUCUUGAAUCGACUGCUUAAAGUUUUGGAAUUGAUGAUUGCUCAUGAUAUCGACAUCAAUGGGGAUCUUGAGUUUAAAUUUGGAGAAAUCGUAAAAAGAAAACACGAACUUGUAGACUCUUUCAAAUUGACAAAAAGCAGGAUAAAUCAAAAUGAAAAAUCAUUUAAAUUACUGGAAAAAAGACUUAGAAGUAAUAGAUGA